AUGUGGGUAGGAGACACUGAUGAAUUUGUAAUUCCAAACUUGGGAAUAGAGAAUCCUGACCAAAUUGACUCCGAGCCUCCGACUGUAGAGGUCACCAAGUCUCCUCCCUUGAAGCUUGACAGAUCAAACAUAACCAACUCUGAUAAACAAGGGGUCCGAGCUUGUUUCCUUUCCUUAGAUAUGGAAAGGUAUUUAUGUUUCGUUUCAAUUCUCUUAUAUCUAAAAGGAAAGGAUACAAGCUCUUAUAUAUCAAUUGAAGGCUGGAUUGUACUUGUCACAGGAGUGCAUGAAGAGGCACAGGAAGAGGAUCUCCUUAAUGCUUUCGGAGAUGUCGGUCAUAUUAAGAACCUGCAUUUGAAUCUGGAUCGUCGUCCUGGAUUUGUCAAGUUUAUUUCAUUAAGUUCUGGUGGUUAUGAUUGGUUUUGUUGA